AUGAAGACUCAGAACUGGAGGACCCUGUCCCUCAUCCUCUCCACGGUCUCUUACCUGCUGGUGGGAGCCGCGGUCUUUGACGCACUCGAGACGGAAAGUGAGAGCUUACGGAGGACCAGUCUUGAGCAGAAGCUCAGCGAUCUUAAAAGUAGACUCGGUUUCACCGACGAAGACUACGGCGAGAUUGAGAGGGUGGUGGUUCAGUCGGAGCCACAUCGCGCGGGGAGACAGUGGAAGUUCGCAGGAUCUUUUUACUUUGCCAUCACUGUAAUCACAACAAUUGGUUAUGGCCAUGCUGCUCCACGCACAGAUGCUGGCAAAGUCUUCUGUAUGUUUUAUGCCGUCUUGGGCAUUCCUCUGACACUCAUCAUGUUCCAGAGCCUGGGUGAGCGAAUGAACACUCUUGUCCACUACCUCCUGCACAGGGCCAAGCAAUGCAUGGGCUUUAACAGUACUGGAGUGUCCAUGUGGAACAUGGUCUUGAUGGGUCUCCUGUUGUGCAUGAGCACUUUGUGUGUAGGCGCUGCAGCCUUUUCCCACUUUGAGGGUUGGACCUUCUUUCAUUCUCUGGAGGGGGGCACAAGCUGCACCAACCUCCUCCCCUCUCCAGAAAAUGAGUGCAGGGCUACUCUGACUGGGACUAGAGAAUGUGUUGAGCCCCCUGAGACAAACAAGCUCUGUGCUUUGCUUUCCUGCAUGUGCUGUGGGCUGGACACUUACAGCAGCCCCUCUCUUACUCACUAUGCACAAUCAGGCUGCCACACAAACCCUAUUUUUUACAAUACAAUAUGCUAUAAGGUAGACCAGACCUCCUCAAGCUCCUGGGCCCGAUCAACCCAGAGCAGUAAGGCUGCUCUCUGUCUGGACAGGAACAAUUCUCGUACACGGAGGAAGUCAUUCUAA